AUGACGCCGUUUCUGGGCCUGAGAAUGAGCACCGAGACCCUCAGCACCCUCAGGAGAGAGCGCUCAAACAAUGGCUGGGGCGUAGAUGACAUCGACGAAACCCCGUCGAGACCCGGGAGCAUCAUCGCUCCUUACAACCACCCCAGCCAGGCUGGCGAGCACGACGAGUUUGAAGUUGGGUGGGAAGGAGGCGACAGCGAUCCUCUCUGUCCACGGAGCAUGCCGACCUGGCGGAAAUGGGUUAUCAUCGUAAUUACCAGCAUAGGCAGUUUCUGCGUAACAAACGCCUCAGCCACGUACACAGCAACGUACGCUCAAAUGACGCCCGAAUUCCACACGACCCGGCUAGUGGCCACCCUCGGGCUGUCCACUUUCGUGUUGGGCAUUGCCUUGGGGCCAUUUUGGUCCCCCUUGGCCGAGUUCUACGGCCGACGGCCCAUCUACCUGUUUUCCUUCGCCGGUUUCAUCAUCUGGCUCAUCCCUUCGGCGGUAGCACAGAACAUCGAGACCAUGAUUGUAGCGCGCUUCUUCCAGGGCCUGGCUGGCAGCGCAUUUCUCUCCGUGUCGGGCGGCACGGUGGGCGACCUCUUUUCGCACGACGAGAUGCUCGCUCCCAUGUCCGUGUUCGCCCUGGCCCCCUUUAUCGGGCCCUCGACCGGCCCCCUUAUCGGCGGCUUGAUCAACACGUACACGCACUGGCGGUGGACGCACUACGUCUUGUUGAUCUGGGCCGGUGUGCUUUUGCUGAGCAUCGCCUUGUUCGUCCCAGAGACUUAUCACCCAAUCCUUCUGAAAAGGAAAGCACAACGGCUGCGCCGCGAAACGGGCGACGAUAGGUGGCGCGCCCCCAUUGAGAAGUCGACAAAAUCCGUCUGGAGAACCGUGGCCUACUCGCUGCUCCGUCCCUUCCAGAUUCUGAUCUUCGAGCCCAUGGCGCUGAUUCUCAAUGUCUACACGGCAAUGCUGCUCGGGAUGCUCUACCUCUUCUUUGGUGCCUUCCCCUUGAUAUUCACCACCAACCACGGCUUCAAUCUUUGGCAAGUCGGGCUGACCUUCAUGGGUCUGCUGGUGGCAAUGGUCAUCGCCUGCCUGAGCACACCGCUCUGGAACAGGAUCCGGGAAAGGCUGGUCGAGCGGAGGCGCAAGGAGACAGGGAUCCUCAAGGACGAGCCCGAAGAUCAGCUACCGCAAGUCAUUGUUGGCGCCCCGCUGAUCACGGGUGGGCUGUUCUGGUUCGGCUUCACAACGUACCCGGAGGUGCACUGGAUCGUGCCUAUAAUUGGCUCCGGCGUGUUUGGUCUUGGGAUGUCGUUUGCCUUUACAGGAAUCUUCACCUUCUUGGUCGACGCCUAUCCACGAUAUGCAGCGAGUGCCCUAGCAUCGAAUGCCUUGGUGAGAUGCUCAUUCGCAGCCGCAUUUCCCCUAUUUGGGGUACAGAUGUAUGAGGGUCUAGGGUUCCAGUGGGCUACGGGGCUUUUGGCCUUCAUCACCCUCGCAUUGAUGCCCGCUCCCUUCAUUUUCUUCCGAUUUGGAAAGAGGAUACGAGCUCGAAGUCGGUUCGCGACAGUCUCAUAGGGACAUGGGCCCACAUCGACGUGGGAAUCGGGGAGCUUCCGUCUGAACAAACCCAGUGUUUGAUAGAGGUCCAGGCUUGCAUGAACACGUCCUGUGGUCUGCCGGGGAUGCAUCGGCACGAAAUCUGGAGCGAGAAGAUGCAGCGCCAUCUUGGCGCACACCACCCUUCAUCUUGACGGCCAAUUUCCUGGAUGUCCAGCUGCGCUAGCUGACAUUUGGCUUUGUGGCCUAGAAGCAGCUCGCCCGGACAUGGUAUGGCUGUCGGUUCCUUGAUCUACUCCGCGCUGGCGGGACUGUAAGGUCAAAAGUGAGCGCCCAGAGCAUGACGCGUGACUGUGCUCAACACAGAGCUCGACCAGACGCAGGUCUUCAAUCGGAGGAUAACGGAGAGCGUGUGCCGGGAUUUGACCGUCUAUUUGUUCCUCCAGCGGUGUACCAUAGGUGUCAUGUAUGGUAGGACAGACAGGUAAAAGAAGUUUAAUACGCUUCAUGCG